CGUAGAUCCGCCGUGCGGUCCCACCUGGUCCCCCUGCAGCUGCAGCCCGCUGCCGCCGCUGCGGUCCGGCGGAGCCGCUGUGAGGGUGUCGGCAGGUGGAGCUCCACCAUCCCGCUCAGACCUCCAGGAGGGCGCAGGACUCCCUCACAGACGCACGCUCAGCCACUCGCGCACCGACCUCGCCCGCACGUGGACGCACGGCAGUGUUCCAGGAGCGCUCGAGCUCCGGAGAGAGUUGAGCGCGCGCGCACGGAGCGGACGGGCUCGUGUCGCCUCGGCAGGAGGAGCCCCUCUGCCUCAUCGGCUUCUUUUUAUUUUAUUUUAUUUUUUUUUAUCUCAUUUCUUUUUCUGCCGCUUUGUUAAAAUGGGAUUCUGACAGCCGCCGCCGGGCUGCGGGCGCCGUCGGCUCCUCCUGGCCGGAAAAUGAAGCGUCUCUGUCGGAGGCUGGCGGUGGCCGUGGCGGUGCUGGUGUGGCUGGGAGCGCUGGUUUACCUGCUGGUGCUGAGUCGGAGGAAGUUACCGGAGCUCGGUGCGGGAGCUGCGGGAGGCGUGGAGACGGGGAACAGCCAGAUCUCAGAGGCGGAGUGGGAGGACAUGUUGGAGGGCUUCGACGAGCGGACUUACCUGAACGCUCGGCGCUGGAAGCCCGGCGACGACCCGUACACGCUGUACGCCUUCAACCAGAGAGAGAGCGAACGCAUCCCCAGCGACCGGGCCCUGAGAGACACGCGCCACUCCAGGUGCGCCGCUCUUCACUACGACUCAGACCUCCCUCCAACAUCCAUCGUCAUCACCUUCCACAACGAAGCCAGGUCCACUCUGCUCCGCACCAUCAAGAGUGUCUUGAAUCGGACUCCGGUUCAUCUAAUCCAUGAGAUCAUCCUGGUGGACGACUUCAGCAACAACGAAAGCGACUGCCAGCUUCUCACCAAACUGCCUAAAGUGAAAUGUCUUCGCAACAGCAAGAGAGAAGGCCUGAUCCGGUCCAGGGUGCGAGGGGCUGAUUCUGCGAGGGCCAAAGUCCUGACCUUCCUGGACAGCCACUGUGAGGUCAACAAGGACUGGCUGCCUCCCCUGCUGCAGAGGAUCAAACAGGAUCCAACUCGUGUGGUCAGCCCUGUCAUCGACAUCAUCAACAUGGACACCUUCGCCUAUGUGGCAGCCUCGGCGGAUCUCCGUGGAGGGUUUGACUGGAGUCUCCAUUUUAAGUGGGAGCAGCUUUCACCUGAACAGAAAGCCCGCCGGACCGACCCAACCCAGCCGAUCAAAACCCCGAUCAUCGCAGGUGGGCUUUUUGUGAUUGACAGAUCCUGGUUCAACCAUCUGGGGAAAUAUGAUACGGCCAUGGACAUCUGGGGCGGAGAAAACUUUGAGAUCUCGUUCCGGGUUUGGCAGUGUGGCGGCAGCCUGGAGAUCCUGCCCUGCAGCAGAGUGGGUCACGUCUUCAGGAAGAAACACCCCUACGUCUUUCCUGAGGGCAACGCCAACACGUACAUCAAGAACACGCGUCGCACAGCGGAGGUGUGGAUGGACGACUUCAGCCUCUAUUACUACUCCGCGCGGCCGGCUGCUCGGGGGAAAUCCUACGGCGACAUCCGGGGCCGAGUGGAACUUCGCAAGAAGCUCAAGUGCAAAUCCUUCAAGUGGUACUUGGACAAUGUGUACCCCGAGCUCAAGGUCCCAGACGACUCAGACUCACAGUCAGGUGUGAUCCGCCAGAGGCAGAACUGUCUGGAGUCUCAGAGGAUGGAGGGCCAGGAGACGCCCGUCCUCACACUGGGCCCCUGCACAGCAGUAGAGGGGGCCCCUGCCAGCAGCCAGAAAUGGGUGUACACUCACGGCCAGCAGAUCCGUCAGAAGCAGCACUGCCUGUCGCUGUCGACCACCUUCCCGGCGUCGCAGGUCCUGCUGCUGCCCUGCAACAUGGCGGACGGGAAGCAGCGGUGGCAGAAGUCAGGGACUCACCUGGAGCAUAUCGUCUCUCGCUUCUGCUUGGACUCUGAGAUGGCUCUGGACGGCAUGGACUCGUCCCGCAUGCUGGUCAUCAGUCCCUGCGAACUGAGCGCGUACACACAAAGAUGGGAAGUGCCCUUUUCCUGACCUCCGAAGCCCGGCUUCAUUCCACCGACUCUCCACCGCAGAGCGCUCUGGCUAAGGCGUCUGGACAAACUGAAAGUGUGGGAGCCAUUAAGAGGGCUGAAGAGGAAGCUGACGAAGAGGACGAGUCAAAGGGCUGAGAUGUGGUGGAGAGGAGAAGAGCUGCACGGAUCAAACCGCUGCGGCUAAAAAAA